GCGAGUUUCCGUAGGAAUGCGUAUCACGUGAGUUCGAAAAAAGUCAGGAAGCAGACAAUCACAAACAAUUUCUUGCACAAAUAUCAAAUGUAUUAACUGCACGUUAACUCGAUUUAGGCUUUUGUUAUCAUGGAGUCGACCCUCGAGCAACAUCUUGAUGAUACCAUGAAGAGUCCAUCCAUUGUCGGAGUUCUCUGCACGGACCAACAGGGACAUAUUCUAGGCUGUCGUGGCUCUCUGUCUGAUGAGCAUGGUGGAGUGGUGUCUGUACUGGCCAGACAGGUAGCCUCUCUCACCAAAGACCCUACAGACAGCCCCACAGUGUGUCUGGAGUCAGAUUCAGGGAAUAUUCUAGUGAGAGCACAUGGAACCAUCACAGUAGCUGUUCAUAAGAUGUCGUCAUGAAGUCGCCUGAUGAAGAUGGAGGAGUCUGUUUCUGUUUGUAAAGCUGUUUGUUCACUAAUGCUAAAUAAUCCCACACAAUACUGCCCUACCAAGCAAAAAAGGGCAGUAACUGCUUGGAACUGAGAAAAAUUGCUUUUAUUUACCUUGGUUUAGCAGUUACUGCUAACAUGACCCCCAUUUUCUCCAAAACGCAAUACAAUGGAGGCAGGAUACUUGUCAACAUGAUUAAGCAUGUAUUUAGUGUGACCAAAUGAGCAGUUAUUGCUGUUUUGCUUGGUAGAGCAGAACACAUGGUCUGGAUCUAGGAGGUCACAUGCAGGUGUUAGAAGAUUCCAUUUCUUCUUCUUCAACUGUCUGUUUGGCCAAGAGUCAUAUUUAUCUCUCUGUUUGGCCAAGAGUCAUAUUUAUCUCUCUGUUUGGCCAAGAGUCAUAUUUAUCUCUCUGUUUGGCCAAGAGUCAUAUUUAUCUGUCUGUUUGGCCAAUAGUCAUAUUUAUCUGUCUGUUUGGCCAAGAGUCAUAUUUAUCUGUCUGUUUGGCCAAGAGUCAUAUUUAUCUGUCUGUUUGGCCAAGAGUCAUAUUUAUCUGUCUGUUUGGCCAAGAGUCAUAUUUAUCUGUCUGUUUGGCCAAGAGUCAUAUUUAUCUGUCUGUUUGGCCAAGAGUCAUAUUUAAAAGACGAGUCCAUACUAUUUGAGUCAUGUUUUGUGUAAGUUAAUAGGUCUGAUCAGUUUUUGUGCCAAUAUUUGUUGACCUGGCAAUUACUUUUUGGGACAUUUUUAAUCUGCAAUCAUGUCUGAUUUCGAAUUCCUGUAGAGAUACUGUAUUCAUAUUAAAAGCAAUGUAACAUCAA